GCGUGAUUUCGCCCUCACUGUGGCAAAUCCGCCCCUAUCGUCGUAUGAGGUUUACGCGCCCCCCUCCUUGGCUUGGCUCCCUUCCCCCCGAUCUCCCCGAGUGAGCGCACAGACGAGCACCGGUGACCGCCCGAGAGAUACUGCUUGCCUUGUCAAUCGUCGUCCUUCCAUUCUCUUUGACCUCCUCUUCUUGUUGUCUAUCAGCUUCGCGCUCAGCGCUCCACCGCCAUCCCCUCGACCUAAAGUCGAGGCACCACGCCCCAAAUGGAGACCGACGAGCUACUCGCAAAGAUGCCCUCAGAGUUUCGGCCACGCGGGGGUCUCUUCCCCUCGACGCGUCGCUAUCUCGUCGGCGUCGGUCUGCUGCUCUGCGUCGUCCUCCUGUGGACCGCGUCCAACUUCAUCACAAACGACCUCGAGACCGGGGACCACGGGUGGAACAAACCAUUCCUCAUCACAUACCUCAACACCUCGUCGUUUGCUUUCUACCUCAUCCCCGUGGCGUGGCGGUACUGGCGCAAGCGCGGGAAACAGGACCGCGGAUACAGCCCACUGCCGCAGGAGGAGAAUGGCAACGUCAGCCCGCGGAGCACGCUGAGCUAUGGCUCGCCGUCGACGACCGUGCAGAACCUCGAGGACGGGACAACGGUCGCCGACCCACCACUUGAGAAGCUCAGUAUCCGCGAGACGGCCGAGAUCGCAGCGUGGUGGAGUGCUGUGUGGUUCCUGGCCAAUUGGAGCUUGAAUGCUGCGCUCGCCAUGGCUUCCGUGGCUAGUGUCACCAUCCUCAGCAGCACGACGAGCUUCUUCACCCUGACACUCGGGCGAAUGUUCGGCGUCGAGGACGUCACUCGCGCAAAGGUGUUUUCAGCUGUGGCUAGCUUUAUCGGCGUCAUCCUCGUUACACGCUCGGACUCAACUUCGGAGUCGGCAGGGAUCGAUGCGACGGGCACAAACCUGCCCACACACCCGAUCCUGGGCGAUGUCCUCUCCCUGUUGUCCGCGGCAUGGUACUCGAUCUACGUCAUCCUCCUCAAGGUUCGCAUCGGCGACGAGUCGCGCGUGGACACACAGUUGCUGCUUGGUUUCGCUGGUCUUUACAAUAUCGUUUUCUUGAUCCCGGCGUUCCCCUUGCUGCACUACUCGGGUAUCGAGACGUUUGAGUUCCCGCCUACAAGCGCUGCGUGGACCAUCAUCGGCAUCAACAUGCUCAUUACGCUAUCGAGCGACUACCUCUACGUGCUUGCAAUGCUGAAGACCACGCCAUUGCUCGUGACCAUCGGGCUGUCGUUGACGAUCCCCUUCGCGCUGAUAGGCUCGCUUGUCGUGCCCUCGGCGCACGCGGACAGCAUCACGUCGCUCACGCUCCUCGGAGCAGGCCUCGUCGUGGGGUCAUUCCUUGUGCUGGGAUGGCAGGGGUGGGAGAGCAGCAAUGCGCUCGGGCUAGAGGAGAGCGAACGGGACAAUUAAUUCAACUUUAGACCCUGUAGAUUACUAGAACAUGUACGAAUAGCAAUGGCGUAUG